AUGGUGACUCAGCUGCGAAUAAAACUGGCCGAAGCUGAAGACGACACGUCGUGUGCCGCGCUGAAUCGUCUUAGAGCAAAAUUGCGGGAACUUAUGAAAGGUGGUCAAAAAGCUGAUCAGCAAGUCUCUAAGGUGGUGGAAAAAUCGAUCGAAACGUUGUCGGACUUGUCAACGAGUUGUAACGAUUUGAAAAUAGAGAAUGAACGCUUGCAAUCGGAGCUGAAUGCUCUUCGACAUGGUAUAAGAGAACCAAGGGGAUUCGAGGCAACUGCCACUGGAGAGAAUGAAGCUUUGAUUUCUGACUUGAAAAAAAAAUUAUUGGAAAGCGAAGCCACCGUAAAGGAUUUGCGCCUUCAGCUUGAAGAUCGCUCGACAACUGCGGUACGGUUGUCCAAGGAUCUCGAUAAAGUGAUGGUCAGCCAUAGAGCACUUUUAGCCGAGGUCACCGAAGCCAAAGAGGAGUUAAUGAGGCGUGAUCGAAAGGUUGAGGAAUUGCUGCUAAGCGCUGGACGAGCGAGCCUUGAAAUGUUGGGAAUGGAAGAGUUGCGGAAAAACGUCGAGUCCAUGAAGCCCAAGCUUUAUGACCUUGAGAUUGAGCGGGCGCAACUUCUGGAUGAGUUGCACAAAGUUCGUCUCGUCGUGUCUGAUCGCAAUGACCAGAUAAUCAAAAUUUUGGAAGAACGGGACAAAAACAUCGAAGAUUACAAAACUAAAAUGAGCGCCAUGCAAGCAAGAUUGGACGCCCUUAUAAAUCAAGAGGGUAUUACGAGAAAAGAAGCGAGAAACUCAAAUAUUCAAGUGACCGAACUCGAGGACGAAGUCGCAAGACUGAAAAGUCAAAUAAACGAAUUGAAUAAAAAUGUCGGAGAUAAUGAUAAACUCAAAAAUGAUUUGAGCGAACUGAGUGAAACGUCGAAAAAUGUACGCAACGAAAAUAAGGCUUUGAAGGAGGAGAUGGAUAAAGUGACAGCGGAAAAUGAAAAGCUGAAGGCCGAAAGCGAUAAGCUUAAAUUCGAGAUUGAUAAGGUAUGCGCUGAAAAUGACACACUCGUCGGAGCCUUUGACAGGUUGAAAAAAGAUUUAGAUGAUGCGAGGCUAAAAAAUGACAAGGCGGAUAAAGAGCUGAGCGGGAUAAAGAUGGAAAAUGAAAAAUUGGAAGAUAACAAAAAUAAUUUGAAGGAACGAGCGGAUAAUCUGGCGAGCCAAUUACAAUCUGUGAAUGAUGAAAAUUCGGCACUUAAGAGUCAGUUGAACGCGUCGAAAGGUCAACUAGAGAGUUCGAUGGAGGAGAUGAAAAAAAUGAGAGACGAUAUUAUCAAACUUGAGGAUAAAAAAGACAGCAUUCAAGGUGAAUACGACAAUGCUAUGAAGGAACUGUUGGAAAUGAAAGAGAAAAAUGGCUCCCUCAGCGCAAAGCUGGAUGAGCUCGAGAAAGAAAAUGAUAGAUUGAGAAACGAGGGGAAUAACUUUCGUCAAGAGUUGGAAAAUAUGAAAAAAGAUAUGGAAAGGAAGGCGGACGUAGAAAAAGAAUUGGAGAGUUUAAGACGAGAUAAUGCCUCCCUCAACUCAAAUCUAAAUGGUAAAAACAUUGAAAACGAUUCCUUGAAGUCCGAAUCCAUUGAAUUAAGGAACGGUUUAUCGAAACUUGAGAACGAGCUUGAAACUCUGCGAAUAGAAAACUCCAAACUGAGGUCUGCUUCCGAGGCACUUGAAUCAGAAAAUAAUGACUUGAAUAGGGCUGCGAGUAAACUUAGAGGGGAGUUAGAAAACACUCAGGGCAAUUUGGUGAAAAUCAAGGAGGAGAACGAGUCGUUGGGGAAAGAGGCUGUGAAACUCGAGGAGGUUAAUGCAGCUUUGAAAGCCGAUCUCCAGGGGAUCAAUUCCGCUAAUGUACAAUUAAAGGAACAAAUAUCUUCGCUCGCUCACGAUUUAGACGAAACAAAGAAAAAGCUCGAUCAAGUUUAUGCCGAAAAUAAUAAUCUUAACUCAGAAAUGAACAAUUUGAAAUCAGCUAACGACGGUCUGCGAUCUGACGUGGCUAAAUUGACCUCAAACUUGGACAGUGCCAAAGAAGAAUUGAAUAGAAUGAAGAACGAUAAAUCCAACAUGAAGGCGGACAUGGAGAAGCUCAUCGCGGACAAUUCGAGUCUGAAGGAUAACGUCGAUAAGCUUGUGGAGGGAAAUGAGAAACUGAAGAAUGAAAACGAUGCCAAUAAAGUGGAGAACGAAAGACUGAAAUCAGCUGGUGACGGUCAAGUAGAGGAUCGCAAACGUUUGGAGCACGAGAUCGAUGAUUUGAAACACGAGCGAAGUGGAAUGAUGACGGAAGUUGAAAAAUCGAAGAGCGAGCUCGGAGAAGCUUCGAAAAAAAUCGCUUCCCUCGAGUCCCGAAUUCACCAGUUACAGUCUGAAAAGGAUCAACUGAACAAGGAUUUGAACGGACUUAAAACGCAAUCUGAUGCGCUUAAAGGUGAUUUGGAUUCUGAGAAAUCGACGAGAAAUGCAGCGGAGACCGAACUCUCUGCUUUGAAGAAUGAACUCAAAGGACUGCUCGCAAAGUUAGAUGAAUCUAAAAAUGAAAAGGAAAAUUUACUCAAAGAGAAAGAAAGCCUCGCCACUGAAUUGCAGACUACGAAACGAAAACUCGCAGAUUCGAUCGACGAAAAAGACAACGUCGUUAAUGACAUGACUCGUACCAACUCGAAUUUGGAAGCACUGAGAAAAGAGAGCGAGACACUUCGACGAGAGACAUCAAAACUUGAACAGGAUGUUGAGCACUGGAAAAUGGAAAAUUGUAAGAUGAAUAUGGAAAUUGAAAAAGGCAAAGCUGAUGUUCAAAAAUUGACGAAUGAAUUGGCAAACGCAGCAACGAGAGUCAAAGAGCUCGAAGCUCAAACAGCCAAAAACGAGAAUGAAAAGGUUAAAAAUUUCGGUACCAUCGAACAGUUGAAAAACGAAAUAUCAAAAUUGAACGAUGCUCUAAAUUCGGAGAAAUCCGCAAAAGACGAUGCUCUGAAACGCGUCAACGCAUCGGCGGCCGAGCUCGAUGCUUUGAAGGCCGAGUUGGCCAAAGGCAGAGAUGAAAACGAGCGUCUCAAACGCGACAUCGAAACCUCGAGGCAAAAAGAAUCGUCGCUCCAAAAUGAAGUCGCUAAACUCCGCGAUGAAUUAUCAGCUCUUCGAGGACAAAACGAUCAACUGAAAGCCGAUAUUGAGAGUUUGAAACCUGAAAAAAACCGGGCUGAUUCAUUAGCAGCUGAGAAUGCAAAGUUGAAGAAAGACCUUGAAGAUCUGAAAAGUGCUAAUGAACGGGAAAAAAGUGAAAUUCAAUCGUGCAAUGACGAGAAGAGUGUAUUGAAAACUAAUCUCAGCGAAUCUAAGGCAGAAGUUGCUAAGCUGAAAACUGAUCGUGAGCAAUGUCUUUCUGAGAUGGAAACUCUGAAAGCCAAUCUAGCCAGGGCCAAUGAUGAAGCAAAGAAAGUGAAAGAGGAGCUUGAUAGGCUUAGGCCGGAAUUGGAAAAGCAACGACAAGCAUUGGACGUCUCCCAGACGAAGGUCAAUUCUUUGGAGGGUCAAUUGACGGCUUUGCAAGAAGAAAGAACGAAACUCAUCAAAGAUCUCGAAGGUAUCAGAGCUGAAAUGGUCAAAUUACGGGAUGAGCUGGCGUCAGAAAAACUUGUAAAAGAAGGACUCGAAAAAAAUGUAACAGAAUUGAAAAGAGAGCUCGAAGUUUUGAAGGCUGAGUUGGAAAAAAUGCGCGCUAAUUAUGAAGAGACCAGGAAAGAGUCGAGUGAAUUGAAAAAAGAAAUGGACAAGUGGCGAUCUGACUUGGCCAACUGUGAAGCAGAACUAUCGAAGAAAGAGAGUGAGCUCGGUUCAGCGAGGACGGAGAAUGAUGCUCUGAAAAAGUCGCUCGAAGCUGCCGAGAAUGAAGCGAAAGCUCGAGAAAAUCAGCUCGAUACGUUACAACGUGAGAAGGACAAUUUACAGAACGAAGUUGGCGAUCUCGUUGCCGAGAUCACGCGACUCGGAAAAAAUUUGUCCACCGAAAAAUUAUCAAAGGACGCCGGGGCCGCUGAACUCGUUGCUUUGAAGGACACACUUGCUGGACUGCGAGGAGAGCUGGACAAGUGUCAUAAGGAAAUGGGUACACUGAGAAACGAGCUCGACAGUUCGGAGGCCGAAAUUGGAAAAUUGGAGGAGGAAACGAACCGAUUGAAAACUGAGAAUAAUCGGAUGCUUGGUGAACUCGAAAAUUCAAAAGCCGACAACGGGAAAUUGCGUUCGGAUUUGGAAGGAAUGGAUCGAUUGAAGAAGGAGUUGGAAAAAUCGAGUGUGGAUGUUGAAUUGUUGAAAAAAGAUCGAGAAAAACUCGAAGGUAUCAUCGCGAAUGAAGAAAAAAGACAUUCGGAAACUCCCGACGUUGAAAUCGACGCCAUCAGAAACGAGCUAAAUCGUCUCAAAAAAGAAAACGAAAAAUUGAAGAAGGAGGAUCGUGAAAAUCAAAACGAAAACGCCGAGCUCAGAAAUACCGUUGGAGGAUCGAAAGAAUCUGAGAAAGCUCAAGCAAAGCGAAACGAUGCCGUUCCGAUGAUAAAUCCUGACAGCUGCGGCGAUUACAUACGAUCAAACGAAUUGAUUGCCAAAAAACUUGGCCAACAAAACGAUGGUGUGGCACGCGUCCGCAAGUACAUCGAUCAUAUCGGUGGCAAAGUUCCAACGAUUCCUUCCAUGGCUCACAAACCCGAGGACGAGCCGGACAUCAGCGGCUUUACGGAGCCUGUCGUCGUACAAACGCUGCUAAAGUCUCGGGAACUUUCAGAGAAUAUUUACAGUAUUGAGCUCGAGAUACAAAAGAUCGGCGGCAGACUCAACGAUCGCAGUAAGGAUAACGAUGGAAUGAAAAAAAUGCUGCAGGAUUUCGGGGUCGAAGAUCGCAAAGUUCAAGAAUUUCCCGAGCAAAUGGGCGACGCUUUCGACGCUGAGUCAUGGCUGAGAUCACUGACGUUGACACAACUGGCAGAGCUUCACGACCGAAUAUGUUCGUUGACUUCGGGAAUGAUGCGAGAUGACGAUGUUUUGCCGUCGACACGUGAAAACGAUGUGUCUAAAGGUGCUCGAGUAAGAAUACAAGAUCCAUUGAAGGAGAAUUACGAUAUUUUGAACAAGCGGAUAGCAGCGCUGCAGAAGGAGAUAGCGGAAAAAGAGGCUGAUGCUGCGAAAAAGGUUCACGUGAUGAGACAGAGUUUGCGUCAAGAGCAGGCGCAAUUGAUAAGAAUCUCGGAAGAGAUGAAUCGGGAGAGAAAACGAAAUUUAGCCAUACAUUUGACAAUGGACGAUUCGCCGUGUUGGUUGAACGACUGCAAGGCCGAAUGUAGCGGAGAUUUCGAGAAUUCCAUUGUCCCGAAAGAUUUCAACAACUUGCCCAACGAAAUUCGCCACAAACGAUAAAAAAUCAAAAAAAUUGUCACACAACCGACGAUUUUAUUCCGCUCGAAACUCACGAGGCUCGUAUGAAACAAGCUCCAUCAAGCUGACUCCAUAACUAAAGGUAAAAUAAUGAAAUUCAGUGUACGUGUAGUUCAGUAAAAAUUGCAAAUGUUUCGUCGUCGUAAACACGGAGGAUUUCCGUUACUCGUUUAAUUCGUCGAAUAAUCCAGGUAUUUUUGCGUAUGAAAUAAAUGAUUAAAUUAAAUUGUC